AGAUUGUCGGUAAAAUUAUUUCAUCAUAUUCACCUGAAAGUGAAAGGAUCACCUAAGUGUCCUAAGCAUAAAUAAAAUAGAUAAAGCAUAAUAUUAUGUAGAAAAAACUAUUUCAACUAUUUUAAUUUCUUUAGAAAUUGUAUUCUCAUCAAACUAUUCAAAUAAGUAAUGGACUAAAACUAAAAUGAAUUAAAUAUUAAAUCUAUUCUAAAUUCUAAGACCUAGAUUUAGAUGACCGCCGACAAUAAUUUAGAUUUUAACACGUAGCAGUAGUAGCCUAUACUUAUUCUAUACUGAAAUUGCUUAUAACUGUGACCAUACUAUUACAAUACUAUGUAAAGUAUGUAGAUGUAAUGUAGUUUUGCGUAUUAGAGGCGUUCUUCUACAUUGAUUCCAUCCUUCAUCUUAUUCUUAUAUAUCUGACAUCUGUUACUAGUUACUGUGACUGUGUAACACAGUGUGUUAGUGUUAGUUAGUGUUUUAGUGUGUAGUAACUAGUACUAGUGUAGUAGUGUGUGACCUCACCUCAACUUUGACAGACUUUGACUUAGUAUCUACUGGGUAUGCCUCUAACUUAUAACUAUGACUCUAUAGUCUAGUCUAUAGUCUAUGGCUAUUUAAUAAUAGUAUAGUAUAAUAAUUAUACUUAUACUAAUAAUAUAUAACUAUAAUGCCUAUACUAUAUAGCAAAGAGUAAUAGCCUAAUGAAUGCCUGACUACUACUAUCAGUAUCAGUAUCAAUAAUAAUUCAUAUUUAUUGUCAUCUUGUGGCAUAAGUCACAGACAUCCAUCCAUAGACUCAGCCUACCCAAUGUCUAGAGGGGGGGGGGACACAUUUUUAAAAAAAUCAGUAAGUUCGGAAGGAGGCUUAUAUACAAUUUAUACAAACAUACUAAUACUAUGAUUACAAAAAUUAUUCUUAUAAUACUAAAUAAGGUUGUUGAAAUUAUGCCAGUACCAGCACACAAGGCCUGGCUUUUAUUUUGUGUGAACAGUGAUUUUAACCAUUUAACAUUUAGGCCUACAAAUAGAAAAUAGGAUUUAGAUUAAUGGUAAAAUUAUUUUAUCAUCUUUGAUCUGAAAGGAUCUACCCUGUAUAAAUGGAUACUCAUCGCUGUGCAUUUAUGCUUGGAUUUCAAGAAUUAAUAAAUUUAUAAAUUAUAAAUCUCUAACUUUUUCUUGUACUUGUAUGCUUUUCAGUUUAUAUUCUGUACUAUAAAUGUCGUGGUUUCCCCAAAGAAAACAAAGAACAUGGUUUCAGCGAGCCUGUGAGACCAUACUUGCAGCUGGUCCUAUUCCCAGGCAUGUGGCAAUCAUCAUGGAUGGAAAUAGACGCUUUGCUGUAAAAAAAAGCAUAGCUAAAUCAGAGGGACAUGUAAAGGGGUUUGACAAAUUAGCUGAGGUUGGUUUAAAAUUAUUAUAAUAAUUUUUUUCAAAUCAGAUAUAUUUGCUACAAAACUUUAUUUUUGGAACUUAUUUUUAAUAGGAAUAAGGCCUUGCCAUAAUGCCAAACAAUUUUUAAAAAUCUCUAAUUUAUUAAAUGUUUGACAUUCAUUUAUCAAUGAAUUGAUUCAUAAAUACAAUAGCUCACUUGAUGAAAUUUCAGAUAUUAACGCUUUUGUUUAUUAAGAUUCAAGAUCAGUUAAGUUGUUUUGUAUAUGACAAAAAAGAAAAUAUGGGUGUGUUAUUCUCGCUUUAAAUAUAAAAUAAUUUUUUUGUUUUUGUUCUACCAUGCAUUUAAAUUAUAUUUCACUUGCGAUUAUUUGAAUUUUAUAAUUGAGCAGAGAUAUUUUAUUCAUACUUAAUUACAAAAUUAUGUUCACUGUGAAAUCAGUCAGUGACCAUAAAGGAAAUAAUUUGAAAUUUAGGAUGUGUUUCCAUUUGCAUGUUAUCACUUUUUAACCAAGCAAUACCAGCAAUUACAUUUUGGUAAGUGAAUGUAUGUGUGUAAAUGUGUGGUAAAAGUUGAAUAUGUAUUUAGGAAAAAACAAUUGAUGGUUAGUGAGCUGAUCAUUGAGAGGGGUGGUAUUUAUAAAUCAUUGUAAGUUAUAAUUUGUUCUUAAAAGCUAACAGACAGGAAAGAUAGUUGUAAAACUAUAUAUUAAGAUUAAAUAUUUUAUAAUAUAAUUCCAGAGUAGAUGUUGUCCGCUCUCUCAUUCGCUGCCUUCCCCCAUCUUAUGCACUAAAUGCACACAAACGAAAAAUACAACUAAGCAUUGGUGGAUAUAUGGAGCAGAAUCUGGAAUUAAUAUUAUAGAUUGUGCACCUACCUGUAUUUAAAAUGUGCAUCAUGUUUGCGUUGAUCCAGCAUUAUAGUAAUAAAUGUUAAGAAAAUAUUAAACUUACAUCAUUUGGAAGAUAGAUUUUAGUCUAAUUAUAUUAGCACUUAAAGAAAAGACUGAUGUGGAAUGUUUUAAAAUAAUUUUUUAAAUGAAUAUACUUCAAAGGUGACCUGAUUUUAUCCAAAUAUAUUUUAUUAAUUUUAGACUCUAGAGUGGUGUUUGGAUCUUGGAAUAACAGAAGUCACUGUCUAUGCAUUUAGCAUUGAGAACUUUAAACGAUCAUCUGAUGAAGUCACCUGCCUCAUGGAGCUUUCACGACAAAAGUUUGCAAAAUUGCUACAAGAGAGGUAAAUAUUCAGAUCUAAUAACAAUAGGCACUAUAGCAAAUAUGGUAGUUUAUUUUAUCAACAGCCCUACAAUUUUUCAUUACAACUUUUAAAAUGGUACAAUAGUCUGUUUAUAAUGUAUUUUUUCACACAAUAAAACAAUUAAAAUUCUUGAAUGUUUUUGAAUAUGCUGUAAUGUUAGAUUUAUUUUUUUAUAGAGAUCUUAUUCAUAGACAUGGAGUAUGUGUACGUAUUAUUGGGGACAUCUCACUGCUACCCAGAGAUUUGCAGGAGCUACUGGCCGAGGCUGUUACUAUAUCUGCAGAAAAUAAAAGGUUUUAAUUUGCCUCCUAGUUUGUCUAUUACUACAGAUCUGAUAUCUUACACUUUUGGAGCUAAAAAAUGAAAAUAAUGAAAAAUAAUAAUGUGUUGUAAAAAAAAUUUUUUUUAACUAGAAGCCAUACUUAUUUUAUAAAUAGUUCUGUAAAACAUAUUUUGAUUUGUAUGGGGUUUAGCCUAAGUAGAUUUUUAAAUAGAUAUCACUAGUGCUAAAGUUUGAAAGCAAUUUUUUUUAAAAGUAAGUUUUUAAGGUAUCAUUAUACAAAUAAUAAAAAAUAUAAAAUAAUUAUAAUUUUAGAAAAUUGUUAAAGAUACAAUGUGCGGCUCAAGAGAGUGGAUAGCAUAUUAAAACAUGUUCCUCUGAGUUUUAGUACUUACAAAACUGCAUUAAGAAGUCAGUUAAAUAGAAUAUAUUAUAACAAAAUAGCUAAAAAGUUAAGUCUGGCUGAAACCAGUACUAAGCAUUUCAUUGAUUAAUUCCUACCAUGAGUACACAAAUAAAUAAACAAUAACUAAAGUUAGAAAAUAUAAAGUGGGAUAUUUAACAUAUUGGUCUUCAAAUAAUAUCAUUUUUCUAUUACAGAGCAUUUCUGAAUGUUUGCUUUGCUUAUACAGCAAGAGAUGAUAUGUGUAUGGCAAUGAGAGAGCUGACUUCAGGUGUGAAAGAGGGCCAUAUUAAGCAGAGGUAACCUAGUUUUUAAAUUAUAUUAUGAGCAGUGCUUAUUACUAUAUACUUAUUUUUGUAUGGUAUUUAAGUUUAUUGUUGUAAAAAUAAAAUAUAUUUAUUAUGCUAUUAAAUUAUUUCAAUUCAAGUAUUCUCAACAUUUUCAUGACACAUUUUACAGUGAUAUAUCAGAAAGCUUAUUGGAGAAGUGUCUUUACACGUCACAAUCUAGAAAUGUUGAUUUGUUGAUACGCACAUCAGGAGAGCUGCGACUUAGUGAUUUCUUAUUAUGGGAGGUAAUGCCUAAAUACCUGAUUGAAUGUGUACAUUUUAAAACAUAUCUUAUCAAACUUUUCUUAAUAAAUUUUGCAUAGUUUCUAUUAAUUAUCCACCUGCUUUGCUUAAACAUAGUAUUCAUUUUCUUUUUCUACUUAAUCCCAUUUAAACAAUAUAAGAUACUUAAACCCAUUCAAACAUUUUAAGAAGCUUUAAGAUUUAGCAUGUUUGUAAAGACAAGGAAAUGAGAGGUCUCUCUGUUUUUAUAUACCUACAUGUUAUGAUUUCAUUUUUCAACAUUUUCAGAGUUCUUUUUCAUGUUUAGCAUUUGUGAAGGUUCUUUGGCCAGAGUUUAGUAUUUGGCAUAUGUAUGCAGCUAUUCUUCACUACCAACGUAACAAAAGUAAAAUACAGGUAACAAUGUAGUAAGAGACCUGCAAAGUUAUAUAAAAACUAUAUUUGACUGAUAAAUAUUCAGUUUGAAAGUUUAAAAAAAAUUUUACCAAAAAAAAAUGUACGUGAACUUAAGUUUUUAAAGAAAAUUUCUAUAAUUGUCUCUACGCAUUAGAUUGCCCAACAAAACCACACUAUUGAAAGGGAACGACUACAAAGAGAGUCAGACUACCGCAACAUGAUGGAGGAGUCUACACUGAGCACAACUGCAGGCACAAGCAGCAGUGUGAAUUUGUCUUCGACACUGGUGUCAGUUGAAGCACCAGAACAUAAAAGUAUACAAGUCCGUGUUCAGCAGUAUGCAAGUGAAAGGGAAAAACGGAUUGAGUCAUUCUUAAAUCUAGUAUAUGAAAGACGUGCAGCAUAUGUCAAAAGUCUACUUCCAACGAGGCCAAUUUUGAUGACUAAACCCCAGUCUCUGUUAACUUGCUAGUUCAUUUUGCAUGAAUUAAUUUAUAAUUGCUAAAUGUGUUUGGUUACAGUUGGUGAAUGGGGAUUCAUUCUUGUUUUUAUUCUGUGAUUGUUAAGAACAAUAUAUAAUUUAAUGGGAAAUAAAUAAAUAUGCUGUAUAUAUCGGAUUUCACUCACCAUGAGGUGAAUUAUCUCUAAAAAUUUAUUACAUGUGAGAAUUUUCAUUAAUUAAAAUUAUAGACAGUAUCUCAUUAAAUUAUUGUAUUUUAGCAGCAACCCUCUUCUUCACUGCUAAUUUAUUUCUCUUCAUCCUUACACUUACGUGGCCUAAUUCAGCAAGACAUUUAUGAUAAUAUAAUAAUAAGGUCUAUAAUAAGUUGAAUUUUUCUUUUAAUAACUUGUAAUAAAUGAUUAUUAUUUAUGAAUGAUCUACAAGUUAUAUCAAAAAAGGACAAUUUUAGUGUUGUUACCCUUUUACUUGAAUAUGAAACUUCAUUUAUUUUUAAUUAGUAUGUACCCUAGAUACUCAUUCUAAAGUUCAUAAGCUCAACAUAUAGAACAUUAAGCCAUUGUAAGCAAUAUAGCACCAAAGAAUAUCUAGAAUAAGAUAUAUGACCCACUCAUAAUCCAACAUCCCAUUUAUUCCCUAAAAUAUUUACAAAAAGCCAACUUUAGAAUGAGUAUAUAUGGUACUAUUUGCUGUAGAAAAAUAGAAGAGCUCACUCAGUGCCUUAGUUAUGACCAUAUAUUAGUUGGGCAUAAAAGAAAUUGAUUGCUAUGUUUGUCAGUAAUAUUUUUAAAAUCUGAAUUGCAGCUGAAAAAAUGCGGUAGAAGUAUAACUAUUUUAAUCAUUUCAAUGCAGAAUGUACUAAUUAUUUACUAUUAAAUUUAAUUGAAUACACAAGUUCAAGCAAUAUUUCUUUUUACCCUUAGCAUCUCCUCAUUGGAAAGGUAUGAUGGAAUGAAAGUUUCUGAUUUUAGCUUUAGGUCCUUAUUUUAAUUUUAAGUUGUGUUAAAGUAUAUAUUCUUCGAAUCUAUUCAAUAUAAAAUAUACACUGUUAGAAAUAAAUUGUAACUACUACAGCAUUGUGAAUAAUUGGACUGCCAUAAAGCUUAAAAGUAGAUUGCACAUGAAAAAAUAAAAAGGCAAAGGGAAUAAAUUAUGUAUUAUUUAUUUUAAUUUAGCUGAAGUUGUUCUUUAUUUUAAUCUAAAACGUUUUCAUAGGCCCUUAUGAAAUUGAAAUUUUUUGAAAAUGGAUUAAAUAUUUGGCAUUUUAUAAAAAAAAAAUUCACCUGAAUUUGGAAAUGCAAUAUGAAUGAGCAAAAAUAAAUUGCAAUGAUUUAUGUAUGGGCUCUAUGAUUCUUAAUCUAAUGAAACUAUUGAGAGAGAAAAAUAUACUGUAAUAAUUUUUUGUCUCUACAAAAAAGUACAUUUUAAUAUUUUUAAUGAAGAAAAAAUACUAAGACUAAAAUUUUAUAAAGUUUUGUUUUCCCUUUUCAAGAUUAUUUGUUUAUGUCAUAUAGUUAUGCAAGUAUUGUAAUUUUUAAAGAAUAACUGGUCCACUGCAUUCCAAAAUAUUGGUUAUCUAGAGCAGUGGUCCCCAAAUGGCGGUCCGUGGACCUUCACCGGUCCGCAUGCAUAACGCUGUCGGUCCCCAAUAACAUACAUAUUUAUUGUCAAAUAGAAAUAAAAGUAUAAAAAUAAAUCAUGCAUCGGUCCCUGGUAAAAUUUCGAAACUU